UAUAAAAAUUGGGAUACACGUUUUCUUCUUCUCUUCUUCCCCAGAAGACUGGAACGAACCUCAACAAGAUAUAUAUAAGCAUUUUUAUUAGUACCCAGUGACACACUACAUCUCUCAAAAUAGCAAUAUAGACAGGAAAUUAGGGAGAAAUGGGAAACUGCUGCCUAAAGCCUGUAGAUAAUCUUUCUACCACUAUUAAGCUUUCUAACCCUCCUGCAGCAUCCAAGAAACCUAGUACUUCUCUCAUCAAUAACGCCAAGGUGGUUCAUGCCGAGGGAACCACGAACGGUGGCGGCGGCGGUGGUGCUGGAAAAGAGGAAGUGGCAACAAGUGGGAAAAUUAUAACACCCAAUUUGAAAAUGUACAGUUUUGCGGAAUUGAAAAGCACAACGAGAAAUUUUAGACCAGAUACAAUAUGGGGGGAAGGAGGAUUUGGUAGAGUUUUCGAAGGUUGGGUUGAUAACAAGACAUUAGCUCCUUCUAAAGUUGGCAUCGGAAUGGCAGUUGCUGUCAAAAAAUCUAAUCAAAUAGCCUGCAAAGUCUCAAGGAAUGGCAGUAAAAAUUUAAGUUAUAUAUACGGACAGUUGAAAAACUUGUUGGAGAAAGUUGAUCAUAUAUUUCAACAGUGAAAAUGUUAUAAAAAUUGAACACAUUUUUAUGAUUGUGUGUGCAGGCAGAGGUAAAAUUUCUGGGAAAAUUUAGUCAUCCAAAUCUAGUACAACUAAUCGGAUACUGCUGGGAAGAGAAGCAAUUCCUACUUGUAUAUGAAUACAUGCAAAAAGGAAGUUUAGAAAAUCACCUUUUCAGAAAAGAGGGUGCAGAAACACUUUCGUGGGACACAAGACUUAAGAUAGUAAUAGGAGCAGCUCGAGGUCUAGCUUUUUUGCACACAACAGAGAAGCAAGUCAUUUACCGCGAUUUUAAAGCUGCCAAUAUUUUAUUGGAUGGGGAUUAUAAUGCCAAGCUUUCUGAUUUUGGAUUGGCUAAGUUGGGUCCUGCAAAUGGCAACUCACAUGUGACCACAGGAGUUGUUGGUACUUAUGGGUAUGCAGCUCCAGAGUACAUGGCCUCUGGACAUUUAUACGUGAAGAGUGAUGUGUAUGGUUUUGGCGUUGUAUUGCUGGAGAUCUUAACGGGCCUCCGGGUACUGGACCUGAACCGGCCCAAUGGAGAACAAAAUCUAGUGGACUGGGCCGAACCGUUAUUACCAGACAAGAAGAAGCUAAGGAAACUAAUGGACCCAAGGCUAGAGGGAAAGUACCCUACAAAGGCUGCAUUUGAAAUAGCACAACUAGUACUCCAAUGUCUUGAGCCUGAUCCUAAAACUAGACCUUCCAUUGAACAAGUUUUGGAGUCUUUGGAAAAAAUUAACACCAUCAAGAAGAAACCUAGAGAAUGCAAUGCCACCCACAACGUUCGCCUCUCCACGUUAAGAAAACUGUAAUUGGUAGCAACACGCACCAUUCACCCAUCAAUCGAAGCUAUUGAAGACGACCUGGCGUGUAAAUAUAUAUUUCUAAAGAAUUUUCUAAAUUACAACAUCGUUAUAGCAGGAUAGCAUUAUCUUUCAUUUUUCUUCUCAUGAUUUGCCCUUUUAAGUUACACUUUGCCUUUUAUUACUUGAGGGUCAUGUUUCCCUUUUUAUUACUUGAGGGAAAACAAAUAACCUUUGGGAAAAAAUUAUUGUCAAAGUACUCAUUACUCAACCUCACUUCUCCUCCCCCUUUUACCUUCUUGCCCUCUUCUCUAUGUAAGGCAAUCUUAAUUAAGUAAGAUCUAAUGGGUAGGCAAGUAAUACUGAACAGAAGCGCAGAGUAGCACCAAAAUGAGCAAGUAUGACAUAAUUUUGGCACAAAAACUUGAAAGUGUGAAACAAGGUAACAUAGAAAGAAGAUGACCGCAAUACUUGAACAUACAUCUGGACCUUAUUCAAGUGCAACAUAUAUUGUGUCGAAGUAAACACAAGAUAUCGAAGUUUGGUACAAACAGAACAUAAAAAAAACAGUACACUUUAUAG